GAAAAGUGUGCGUUGGCUUGCAGCUGCGGCGAUUUCGACGGCGGGGAAGCGAGGCCGAGUGGGGCCGUCGACUCGUCGACUCGGCGUUUCAGUCUGUCAGUCCGUCAGAUGUUGUGCGCUCGGCAAUGGCGGUGAUCGGGCCAUGUGAGGCGGCCCCUGGACCCACGCAGCAUCCCCAGCCCCUUCGCUAGAGAGAACGGAGGCCCUCAGCAUGGCGGCGGCGACGACCAACAAAGCGCGGCGCCACUCGGACACGGACAACGGGGCCCUCCUGCGCACCCCGCUCAAAAUGCACGCGACGCCAGGUCGUGAGAUGUCGAACCUCAUCAAAAUGCGACAGUCAGCUUUAGGCAAGUCUGAGCCUUUGCUGUCCGACUCGAUGCGGUCGCCGCCGUGCCCGUCCAGUUGCCGAGGCAGUUGCUCCCAGUUGCCCCUCGUGGGGCUGCCGCUGAGCAGGCAGCAUGUGAUCGGACGCAUGUCCGCCAGCGAGGAGAGCGUCAUGGCCGCCCACCUGCACCCGCACCACCACCUCCAUCACGCGCAGCACCACCACCACCAUCACCGGGCGGCCGAGGGUGCGGCCAGGCCGCCCGGCGCCACCGCCGGGCCGCUCGCCUCGGUGAUGCUGCGCCAGGGCAUGUCCCGCAGCAUCAGCGACUCCAACUUCAAGCAGCCGCGGCCCAACCUGACCCUGCCGUUGCCCUCCGUCACCUCCCUGAUGCAGUUCAAGAAGGAGCUUAGUUUGUCCCGGCGGAGUAGCCGCGUGGUGCAUCGAAAGAGCCUGAUUGCCACGACGUCGCCCACGCUGCCUCGCUCCCAGUCUCCGGUCGCAGGGAGUCCGCUGGAGAGCCCGAGAAUCUCUCCGAGCCAGCAUUUUGCCUUUGUCCCGGUGAAACGGAGCGACGGGCGCCGAUGGUCGGUGGCUUCGCUGCCGUCCUCGGGCUAUGGCACGACGCCGGGCAGCUCCAACGUGUCGUCGCAGUGCUCAAGCCAAGAGCGGCUGCACCAGCUGCCCAACGUGCCCACCACCGACGAGCUUCACAUGCUGUCCAGGCACUUUUCGUCCAACGAUUCCAACCCCAGCUUGGACGAAGAAGCUGGACGCAGAUCUCCCCACAUGAGGCCUCGUUCCAGAAGUCUCAGCAGUCCGAUCCGAACCCCUGUGAUGGACAACGAAAUCGUUUUGAUGAACACGCUGUACAAGGAGCGCUUCCCGAAAGCCACGCAGCAAAUGGAGGAGCGCUUGGGAAGCUUCAUCAACGAGAACAAAUCGUGGGAGGUGGGCAGUGAGGGCCUGACGGAGGACAUUCCGUCGGAUUCAGUGCCCAUUGUUCGAUUCGUGCACCACCAGGUCGUCGAGUUGGCCAGAGACUGCCUCCAGAAGUCAGAGGACCGACUCAUCACCAGCCGAUACUUCUACGAGAUGUCCGAGAACUUGGAAAAGUUGCUCAGCGAGACGAGAGAAAAGUCUCCAGCAGCUGUCGGUGUUUUGACCGGACUGAUUAAGAAGCUGCUGUUGGUUGUGUCACGGCCGGCGCGUCUGCUUGAGUGCCUCGAGUUUGACCCAGAAGAGUUCUACCACCUUUUGGAGCAGGCCGAGGGUCAGGCGAAAAACUCUCAAGAAAUCAAGACUGACAUUCCGCAGUAUAUCAUCAGCAAGCUCGGACUUAACAGGGACCCCAUAGCUGAGCUUCAGGAAGACCUGGAUCAGCUGGAGAGCACCUGCAGCUCGCCAGACAGAAGAAACCCUGCGAACGCCGAGUCUGGGAAUAAAAAGGAGGAGAGCAAGGAUCCGCAGCAAAAGUUGCCUUCGGAGGACGAUUUCGAUGUGUCGAAACUGAUAUCGAACGGAGCGUAUGGCGCUGUGUAUUUGGUUAGGCAUAAGGAGACGCGGCAGAGGUUUGCCAUGAAGAAAAUCAACAAGAACAACCUCAUUCUAAGAAACCAGGUGGAUCAAGUGUUUGCUGAGAGGGACAUAAUGAGCUUCACCGAUAACCCCUUCGUGGUCAGCAUGCUCUGCAGCUUUGAGACAAAGAAACACCUGUGCUUGGUGAUGGAGUACGUCGAAGGUGGAGACUGCGCCACGCUGCUCAAAAACAUCGGGGCCCUGCCUCCGGACACGGCCAGGUUGUACUUUGCGGAAACCGUGCUGGCGGUGGAGUACUUGCACAGCUAUGGAAUCGUCCAUAGAGAUCUCAAACCUGAUAACUUACUUAUCACUGCCCUCGGUCAUAUCAAGCUCACCGACUUUGGCCUCAGCAAAAUGGGUCUUAUGUCCUUGGCGACGAAUCUGUACGAAGACUAUAUCGAUCGCGAAACCCGCCAGUUCUCGGACAAGCAAGUGUUCGGCACGCCCGAGUACAUCGCGCCGGAGGUGAUCAUGCGGCAAGGCUACGGAAAACCAGUCGACUGGUGGUCCAUGGGCAUCAUCCUCUACGAAUUCGUCGUCGGCUGCGUGCCCUUUUUCGGAGAAACUCCGGAGGAGCUUUUCGCACACGCGGUCAACGACGAUAUCGAGUGGCCGGACGAAAAGGAAUUUCCAAUCCAGUUGGAGACAAAGGACAUCAUCUCGUCUUUGCUGCAGCAAAACCCCAGAGACCGCUUGGGCGUUGGUGGCCCGAACGAGGUCAAGGAGCACCCCUACUUUGACACUCUCAAUUGGAACUCACUGUUGAGGCAGAAGGCAGAGUUUGUGCCCCAGCUGGAACACGAAGAGGACACCAGCUAUUUUGACACUCGUAUGGACCGGUACAACCACGACCUGGACGAGGACACAGAUGAGAUGGAGGAUUCUCCAUUGUUUGGCUCGUUCUCUUCGUGCUCAUCGCGCUACCGCAAAACCCACACGAAAAUGAGCUGGGGAGACGAAGUCGGCGGCACGUCGUCGCACGAGUGCUCGCCCCUCGCCCUGCCACCCACUCCAGACACGGAGGAGGCGCCUCGCCUGCUUGACAAAACCACCGAAUCUUCGCAGACGGAGGAGAGCGACGAAAUCUCGCCUCAGGUGCGCAGGAGGAGGAGGCUGCACUCCAAGGACUCCCUGCCGAGGUUCUCCAUCUCCAUUGAUGACGAAAAGUGCAGUGCGUUCAAUUUUUUCAGUUUCGGAGAAAGAAAGUCGUUGCCAGAGCCGUUGGUGCACCAGCUGGAGCGAAGCCAGAGCACGAUCGACGCGCCGACCGGCUUCCACGGGCCGCACCACAUCAUGGCGCCGCGCGCCGUCAUCAAAUCGGCAUCGGCCACCGGGCUCAGCCUGAUGAUCCCGGCCGAGGACCUGGCUCCCCUGCAAGCGGUGCAGUCGCCAGGCGGCUCGAGCACUUGCAGCUCCAGGGACACGUCGCCCUGCAGGGAACUGUCGCCGCUGGUGACCAGCCUCAAGCCGCCGAUCAUUCUGCGACGCGGGCCGAGAGGCUUCGGCUUCACGGUGCACACCAUCAGGGUCUACUACGGCGACUCGGACUUUUACACCAUGCAACACCUGGUGAUGGCCGUCGACGAAGGCAGUCCGGCGUUCGAGGCCGGACUCAGACCCGGAGAUCUCAUCACACACAUCAACGGUGAACCCGUGCAGGGUCUGUAUCACACGCACGUGCUGCACCUGCUGGUGUCUGGUGGAGACAGGGUGACUCUGCGCGCCACCCCGCUGGAGAACACCUCCAUCAAGACCGGAGGCAGAAAGCGCGAGCCGUGGCAAGGAAAGCUGGCGAAGAAAUCUCUGCACAGACACAGGAAGCAAAAGAGAGAGUCGCACCAGGACAAGCGGCGCAAGACGUCUCUCUUCAAGAGAAUAAGCAGCAAGAGAGCCAGCGUUGAGAUGCAGCAGCCAUUGCUUAUAUCUGCACCAAUUGUUGUUACCUCUGACACACUACCCCCAUUUUUGAUUGCCGCGGGAGUGUCCUCCCCGAUGACGCCGAGCCGCAGUUUCCAGUCUUUCACGCGGGGGAUGAACGAGAGCCUGCCGUCGACGCCGUCCAUCAAGCCGGCACCGCGUUCUCCUCCGACGGGCCGCUUCUUCGCGUCGCCCGAGUCUCCGUCGACGUCGUCGCAGUCGUCGUCGCCGGGCUCUCUGUCGCCGAUCACGCCGCCGACGCCGGCCACCGUGCUGACGUCGUCGCACUACCAGCGGCCGUCGACCCUGCACGGCCUCAAGCACAAACUGCACUCGGCGGCCAAGAGCCUGCACUCGCCCGGCCGCCGCAAGUCGGUCGGCCACAUUCCCCUCUCGCCGCUGGCAAGGACGCCGUCGCCCUCGCCGCUGCCGGCGUCGCCGACGCGCAGCCCCUCGCCGCUCGCCUUCCCCACGGGUCACCAGCCCGGCAGCUCCAACACCACGCAGUCCUACAGCCCUGGCGCCACCACCCUCACGCCCACUCCGCACUGCAAGAAGUUCGCGUCGCGCCCCAAGAGCGCCGAACCGGGCUCGCCGCUGCUCCGAAGAGCCCUCUCCCCGGACCGCCUCCACCCCCGCAGCGCCGAGAAUAAGAAUAAGGGAGGAAUUUCGCCGCUGUGCAAAGCCACGGUGGCGAAGGCAGGCCUGAAGCAGGGCAGUCCGCCGGUGAGUGAGCUGCUGUCGUGCAAGCCGCCACCGGUGGCGCGCGAGCUGCUGCCAGACAAAGUGCAGCCGAAGGAGCUGCCGUCGAUCGGGCCGCUGCCCCGCAUCGCCGAGGAGAAGGACUCGCCGACGGGGUCGCGCGAGGACCAGGGCCUGCUGCAGGCGGCCAUCGACAUGGAGAAGCGGGGUCUGACGCGGCGCAGCAGCAACAAAGCGCCGGCGCCGCAGCCCAAGCCGCCGCGGCCCCACAGCAGCCCGGGGCCGCCCGACGCCCAGCGGCCGACCCGAAACAGAAAAGACAGUGAGAGUCCCAAAGGGCGGGACAACAAGGGCGCCGUGCCCAAGAAGGCCCAUUGAUCCAUUAAGCCAGCUGUGUUACGCGGUUAGAUUUAAUAUUACAUUAAAAAAGUGAGUGGCAUGGAUGCGCGCACCUCCAUGUUUUGGUUAAUACAUUUUUCAUUGUUCCUCUCGUCCUUUCGCUUCUUUCUAAUUUUAUCUAAAAAUCCUUCUUGGGGAUUCAAGGCGUCACGUCGUACAUAUUGUUAAAUAUGAUAAGGUGAGAAUUUUUAUUUUUCCGUUUAAGGCCAAGGGUUGAUAUCUCUUUUUAUUUCAAACUGCGUAAAGUCAGCAGGAUGUACAUUGGAUUGUAACUAAAAAAUGUGAUUUUGAAACAAAAUUCUCUCGUCAGAUUUGAAAUUUGCUGCUGAGGAUGUUUCAGUCAGAGAAAAAACAAAAA